GCACACGACGGCACAGCCCACCCACAAGAGCCCCAAAAAGAUCCACCCGAGAACUCGUCGCGGCCCGCCGCCGCCGCCGCAGAGGGAUCUCCCGGCCCCACGCCACGCGACCCCUCCCCCCGGCGGGCGAUGGACACCGACCUCGGCGGCGCGUCGGCCGCGGGCAUGGACGAGGCGGAGGCGGCCUUCUUCGCGCGGCGCGGCCGCCGGUGCUGCUGCUUCCCCUGGCCCGCCCCCUCCUCCUCCACCACCUCCCACCAGCGGGUGGGCACGGCGGGGCUGGCGGCGGAGGAGGAGAGCUGGUGGCAGCGCGCGGCGGACGCGGUGCUCAAGGUGCGGGAGUGGUCGGAGCUGGUGGCUGGCCCGCGGUGGAAGACCUUCAUCCGGCGGUUCGGCCGCAGCGGGCCGCCCACGCGGCCGCACCAUCACUUCGGCGGCCGCAAGCUCAACUACGACGCCCUCAGCUACGCGCUCAAUUUCGACGAGGGCCACGGCGCCAGCCCCGAGGGCGACUACACCGGCUACCGCGACUUCUCCGCGCGCUUCGUUGGCCCGCCGGCCUCCGCCAAGUCCUCCAUGGACCUCGGCGGCCGCGACGCGCCGCCGCUCUUCAACCCGCCGCCGCCUUCCCACGACGGAGCCGGCCGGGCUUGACCGCUCCCGUGGACCUCCAAGAGACCACCCCCCCAUUGGUCAUCGGAUCGGAGCAGAGGAGGAAUGCCGGUUGAUUGGUCAAAGGACGUCGGAACCAGAAAAGAUGGUGCCCUUUUCAUCCUGAACAGAUUCGAUUCCGCGGCCGUAUGGUGAGCGAGAUCGCUGCUUCGAUUCCUUCCUGCUCUUCCUCCGUCCCGUCGAUCGGUUGGUUAGUGGCCCCUGUGUAAAGAAGAGAUUGUGUUCUACAUUCGUUGUCAUCUUACUGCUGCUGUAAUGAAUUCGUUCGUGCUGUCCCAGUUUUGCCCCGAUUGAAAUUAAAAUCAUCAUGAGUUUUGAGUGAUCGA